AUGGAGCCUCUCGGAGUGACAAAAGGGAGGCGGCGUCGUCUCGUAGUCGAUGCUGACCGCAAACGAGUCGCUCGAGCUUGCGACACCUGUCGCCAGCAAAAGGAGAAAUGCGACGGACAUCAACCUUGUCGGCGGUGUUCUCGCAUACGACGGCCAUGUGUUUUCUCCGGAAAAGACCGGAAUGUUAGGCAACUAGACGAAGCUCCGUCCAGGAAGUCGCCUGAAGCAAGCAUAACGUGUGUUUCCUUUCAUUCUGUAACCCGUCAACCGAAAUCCCUAUUCUCCAUUUUUCUGACGCGUGGUUGA